AUGGCACCAAGUUAUGACCUAGACAGGCUCCCAGGCGGUCUCCCUUCCCAACUACUCCCAGAGCACGUCGAUGUCGGAACAAUCCAAAAGGCGGCUCAACAAAUCCUAGAGAAUCUGGACGCAAAAGACCUGCACAGCACAGCAUUAUGGAGAGACUGGCUCGCGCUUACGGGUCAGAUUCGAACAUUCUCCAGCUCUGAAAAAAUCGCGCAGGUGUGGAACGCUCAAGUUCAGUCUCAACAAGUCACCGACGUCAAGACAAAGGCUGGACGCAUCACUAAACCGGUUCCAACGAGCUCGUGGGUCGACGUCUCGUUCACUUUCACGACGAAACGAGAAAGCGGCCUUGUCGGUAACUGUAAAGGCACCGCUUCGCUGAUCCAGGACGGCGACGGGAAGUGGAAAAUCUGGAUGCUUGUCACUGUUCUGGACAGCUUUGCUGGCUACGGGCACCCUGAUGUUCCUCGGGUAGCGGGCGACUCGCUUGCGAAUGGUACCGUCGACGGCUUUGAUGACCAAGCGAGCACAACGAAUGGCGAAGAUCAUUUUGACGUUGUGGUUCUUGGGGCAGGCCAAUGUGGUUUGGCGGUUGCCGGCAGGCUGGGUGCUCUUGGGAUAAGCUAUGUGCUUCUAGAGAAGCGACCCGCCGUGGGAAGGAACUGGACCGAACGAUACGAGUCAGUGAGACAACAUACCAUCCGAGAGUAUAACAAUCUUCCCUUUGAACGCACAUGGAAGCCCGACGACCCGUUAUUACUCCCUGGCAAGAUCGUGGCAGAAGGUUUCGAGAACUACGUCAGAAAGUACAACAUCCGUCUGUGGACAAGUGCGGACACCACUGGAGCAUCUUGGGCUCCGGAGAGUCGGACUUGGAAGCUAGACAUCACGCUCAACGGGGACGAAAAGCGAAAGCUGGUCUGCCGACACCUUAUUGUUGCCACCGGUGCUGGUGUGAGCGUGGAUAACGACCCAAAGUAUCCUGGAGUUGACCAGUACGAGGGCAUACUCCUGCAUUCGGGGGCGUACAAGCAUAGCCGUGACUGGGCAACCAAGGACGCUAUUGUGAUUGGGUCAGGCACAACAGCGCAUGACAUUGCUGAAGACAUGUAUCGGGCAGGUCUGCGUUCUGUCACCAUGAUUCAGCGUAAUAGAACCGCCAUCUACCCAAUCGAGUGGAUCGUAAAAGGACAACAGGUUCUGUACAACAACAACAUCCCGACCGCCGAUGCCGAUGCCAUGGUCGCCUCCCGGCCCAACAAGAUUCUGCGUGAUAUUUUGAAGGCCGUCCACGAGGCUGCCGCAAGCCAGGAACAGGGGCGCUUCAACGACCUAGAGCGGGCUGGAUUCCGGGUUGAUCGCAAGACUCCCCUCAUGGACAACAUCUUGUCGCGCUAUGGAGGUUACUAUAUUGACAUUGGCGCUUCUUCCCACGUUGUCAGAGGAGAGAUCAAGGUCAAGUCCGGUGUGCCAAUCACAACUUUCACUCGACAGGGCCUGAAAUUCGAAGACGGGAGCGAACUCCGGGCAGACGUAGUGGUGGUUGCCACAGGACAGGACCAUGACUACCGAAAUCAGGUGGCCGAGAUUGUCGGGAAGGACUUUGCGUCGAAACUCGACCAGUUUUGGGGACUUGACGAAGAAGGUGAAGUUCGGAACGUCAUGAAGCCAGCAGCUCCUGGGUUGUGGAUGUUUGGAGGCACAGCGGCUCAAGCGCGGUGGUGGUCUCGGUUUGUAGCUCUCUCCAUCCAAUCCGACGUGAUAGGGAAGCCACUUGAGGGUGUAAGGAUGGUUGGGUAG